AUGGGCGUACACUCAAGAACAAUUGCGGUUUCACUCUUUAUGUCCUUCCUGUUGUUUUGUUCCGCGUCUUCUAAGCGCAAUGAUGGAACAUUCAGAAUCGGCUUGAAGAAAAUAAAGCUGGAUCCUAACAAUCGACUUGCAACACGCUUUGGUUCCAAGCAAGAAGAGCUGUCUUGUUACUUCCAUACCAAGUACAAGUCUUCACGUUCAAGCACAUAUAAGAAGAGUGGUACGUACAACAUGCUCAAGCAAGGGCUUAUCAAGAAGCCGGUGUUUUCGUUUUGGCUUAACCGUGAUCCAGAGAGUGAAGAAGGCGGUGAACUUGUAUUCGGAGGUGUUGAUCCAAAGCAUUUUAAAGGAGAGCAUUUAUAUGUUCCUGUGACACAAAGAGGUUACUGGCAGUUCGACAUGGGUGAGGUUCUCAUUGCCGGUAAAUCUACUGGGUACUGUGAAAGUGGCUGUUCUGCGGUAGCAGAUUCGGGAACAUCUUUACUCGCAGGGCCAACGACUGUGAUUGCAAUGAUAAACAAAGCUAUUGGAGCAUCAGGAGCAGUUAGCCAGCAGUGCAAGACUGUUGUUGAUCACUAUGGACAAACCAUUUUGGAUUUACUUUUGGCCGAGACUCAACCAAAGAAGAUCUGCUCACAAAUCGGUGUUUGCAUUUUCGACGGCACUCGCGGGGUCAGUAUGGGGAUUGAGUCUGUGGUGGACAUGGAAAACACAAAAUCGCCUCGUGGUCUUCGAGAUGCUGGUUGUGUUGCGUGUGAAAUGGCGGUUGUGUGGAUACAGAGCCAGUUAAAGCAGAACAUGACUCAAGAGCGCAUAGUGAACUACAUUAAUGACAUGUGCGAACGAAUGCCUAGUCCUAACGGAGAGUCUGCGGUUGACUGCUCACAACUCUCUAAAAUGCCUACGGUUUCAUUCACCAUUGGAGGCAAAGUCUUUGAUCUUACUCCAGAAGAGUACGUAUUGAAGAUUGGGGUAGGACCAGUGGCACAAUGCAUAAGCGGCUUUACCGCAAUUGACAUCGCUCCACCUCGUGGACCUCUCUGGAUACUGGGAGAUACGUUUAUGGGAAGAUACCACACUGUCUUUGACUUUGGCAACGAGCAGGUUGGCUUCGCAGAAGCUGCGUAA